AUGGCGCCAGCAGCAAAUGCGGCAUGUGCAUCAUCUUUGUUCAGGAUCGCAGCAGCUCAGGAUGGGGAAGCACGAAUGCUGGACGAGCUUGUGGAGAAGAUCCGUCCAAUGGUCUCCAGCGAUUUGGAUGUGGCCGUCCGCAAGUCGCGGCGAAAGGCUCAAGAGCUUCAAGAGGAGAGAAUUGUACAGAGAGGAGUCAAAAUCCACAGCAACAAACUAGGAAAAGAUGGGGAUCGGACCAAGUGGCUUCUACAACUGCGGCCCAACGUCCAUGCCGUGAGCCUCCAGCCAUUUUCGCUGCACCCGGGCGAGAACGAAUUUUUGCUGCCGCCCAACAUGGAGUUCCGAGUGAAGUCGGUCAUUGAUUUGGGGCAUGGACUGACUGAAGUGCAGUGCGAGCAAAUCGAAGAGCUCGACCCCCUCAUGGACUUUUCCGAGGGCCUCCCGCAGGGCCUCCCGCAGGGCCUCCAGCCCCUCCAUGCGCCAAGCCUUGUGCCCUUGGCCUAA